AUGCAAAGAUCCGGAAUUGUGGGAGUGGCACUCCACCUUCUGGCCCUGGGGUCAGCCCACGACGUCAAAUUCUCAAGAUGGAAUGCCCUAGAAGCCAAUUUCGCUGCGAACGGUGUUUACCGUCGUCAGUCAACACCACCAGGAUACCAUCCCGAGUUUGGCUCCUGUGGGAGUGGCACAACCUGCGAAAACGCAUGCGGUGCGAAUUGGGAGUCUUGCCAGGCAUCCACCGGUCUUUCCUUGUUUUGCUACAACAAGGUGGAUUUGGGACAGUCGUGCUGCGAAAACGGAUCCGGCCGAGCGUGUGACAAGGGCUUCUACUGUGCUUGGCAAGAAUUCGGAGGGAGGGUUUGGUGCUGUGAGGAUGGCCAAAGUCUAGAGGACUGCGGGUUACCGCAGGAUGCUAUUACAUCAAAGCAGCCAACAUCCACGGCUGGCACCCCAUCCACUUCACAUGAAGGCGGCCCAUCCUCAAGCGCAAAACCCACCGGAUCAACCACCGGCACGGGCGGUUUCCCAACAACCGACUCCCACUGCCCGGCUGAAACCGUGACGAAGACUGUCGUAUCCACCGUUCUGGUCGCAGCUACCACGGUGACGGUUACGGAGGCGGGCAGCGGAUGUUCGACUGGGCCUCACUCGUCCCAUAGCACAGCAGCUUCCGGGACUUCAUACAGCAGCUGGGACCCAACCACGAUCACGGGCCCGCCUGUCUCGUCUGCGACCUACUCCUCCUGGCCACCGGCAAACGGCACGUCGACAAGCUCGAUCGCGACGGCUGGGGCCAGUGGUCUGACUGUUAACGGUCUGGGCCUUGCUGCGGCUCUCUUAGCUCUCUGGGUGUAG